CGGUAAUACACUUCUAAACUGAUUUGCCAAUCGCCAAUAAACACUAACAAAGUAGAAAAAGAAGAAAAAGAGGAAGAAGAUGGCAACAAUUCUCUGCCCAAAAAGUAGCUCUACUUGGCAUUAGGUGUUUUUUGUUUUGUUUUUUUAAAUAAUGAUACAAAUAUUUUUGUUGAAACGUCGCUAAAGGAGUCUAAAGCGACAAAGUCGCUAAGUUGUCAUCAUUGCAGGGCAGUGCAGCCUGCAGCCUGACAGAGAGAGAAGAUGCCUGCAGCAGCAGAGGAGUCGCAGGGUGUCAACAAAGUUGUGGACAACAUCUGUAAGCUUUCUCCGGAUCUCUUGGCUGAAGCAUGUCAGCACAUUCUGAUUUAUCUUCAAGGUCAAUCUAGAGGAGUAGAUUCAGCUGAAAUUUCUGAUAGAUUUCAGAGAGCUGGAGUCAGACUUGAUCAUGAAGCUCUGCAGAACAUGAUCAGAUUCCUCUUGUUAACAUUCAGGUCAGCUGGGAAGAGCAGCCUCUCUGGGGAUGACCUUGUGUUGAGGCUGGAACAAGACAGUAACAAGUGGCCCAAAGCUUCCCUUCAGGUGUUGCACAGGUUGUGGAGUGAACAUGGUGCAUUAGUCCAUGCUCAGCAGGAGGUCCAGUCCGUGCUCAGCAUCGGCCAGUUAGUGGACAUGCAGUGGAAACUCGGCAUGGCAGUGAGCUCCGACACCUGCCGAUCGCUCAACUCCCCGUACGUGUCUCUGCUGCUGAAGAUCGUUGAGCCCUCUGGACAGAUUUGCCAGAGGUCUUUUGAGAUGACCAUUCCACAGUUCCAGAACUUUCAGAAGCAGUUCAAGGAGAUGGCAGCUGUUAUGGAGACUGUGUGAGAGUUGCAAGCACACCUAAGUGCUUGUCAAAAUUACACCCCAGUUUACAUGUAACCAACGGAGGAACAGCUUGACACAGGUGUGUGUCUACUGGCUGUCUCAAAAUUACUCCAAAUGUCAAUUGUCUGCUUUGCACUUCCAUUUUUUCCCCCACAGAUUGCAUAAGCUCCUAAAUGAUUAACUUUAAAGCCCACCGGCUGUUACAAUAAUUGAAAAUCUGUCUUCACUGAAUGCCAAGACUUUAACUUAUCCAGGUAUCAUGAAAACUAAUAUGCAAUAAAUCCUACCUUAACGAAGGUCGUAAUGUUCAGCUUUUGUUUAAACUGUUCCAGAGAGGUGCUGUUGAACUGUAUUAGAUUAUGCAGAGAGGUUUUAUAACCUUCAUGAAGGUAGGAUUUAUUGCAGGACUGUUGUAUCAGACUGUAUUAGUUUGAGCUAGGUGUACCUAAUAAAGGGGCAACUGAGUAUAUAUCUACUGCUAAUGCUGCAAAAACCCUGACUAAUAUUUAAAUUGUUCCUAAUUAGUUACAAAAUGUAUAACAACGAUAUGGUUUAGAUUAAUCCUAGUUUGCACUAAACUUUAGUUCUGGUGUUACUUGUGCAGAAUAAAAAUAUGCUGUUGCCACAGUGAACACAGCCGUUGCUUAUGUUGCUGUAUUUUUAUGUAGGGUAAGAUGUGAUUAGCCCACUAUACCACAUCCUUUACACAAUAUAGUGUCAUUUAGUGGCUACACUUUCAUAUAAACCUUGCAGUGCAUUUUUUUGUUUGAAAAGCUUGUGAAGUGAAAUGAUCCACAGUUUUUGUGCUUUUUGCUAAAGGUGCUAUGGAUAACAUUCUCUUAUUCUCCCUCCCAUGCAUUCACUUCGCAACAAGUCGUUGCCAGGCACUUACCGUCUAUCUCAGCCAUUUAUCAGUUUUUUUCAUACUAACCGAUGACCCAGAGAUACCACAUGAUACCAACGUCAUUAUACUAUUGGCUCACAAGCCUUGUUAGAAGUGGGAACCAAACGUUAAAUAUCUUCCACAGAGUUAAACAAAACAUUCAUUUUGGACACACCAAAUUUUUUUAAAUGACUAAUUUACAAUUAUAAUUUUUUUCAGGAAAAGACAUAUUUUUAUUCGGCACCUCUCUGAAGGCUCGUUGACAUAUUAUUUAAAAAAAAUAUUUGUUUACAUAAAAAUGUUAUCAAUAAGACCUUUAAUGUCUAAAUUAGGAAAACUUACUUUUGCUGCUUGUGUUUUCCCCUGGUAAUGCUGAAAUGGCUACUGUGUGGUUCAGAGGAGGCCUUUGUCUUUUUUUUCUACUUGUAUCCGUCCAUCUUGACUUUGAUGCCAUACAACAAUGAUGCAAUAAACUAAAUUAUUAAAUGUAAA